CCAAUUUUGAACGAACCUUUCGACAGUUUUCGGUUUCCCCCUUGAAGGCAACACGAGGCUAAAACCUAAAAGGCGUUCUCAAACUUCUCGAUUUUUCGCAGAGAAACACGUCAACGGAAACAAAAUCUCUAGAUCAGACGCUUUUCGUGAAAUUCGUGGAAUACUUGGUCUUUAAGUUGAGUACAAGCUACAAGGGCAUUUCUGAGGGACAAGAAAGUGGUGAUUCGUUUUGCCAUUCCUCCAAGUUAGAACUGCAAGGAUGGUGAACAUGAGGAUGAAAGCGGGAAAAUGCCUUACGGACGAGCUUUCCCUCACGAACUGCGCCGUGGUAAAUCCUCAGGACUUCAAUGAUUCCGUCAAGCAUAUCGAAGUGAGCACUUCGCCGGAACAGUGUUUUGUCUUCACCGUCAAGAGCCAUAAGGAUGUUCUUUCGUCAACCAUUGGGUUCAGUUUGCUUCAGCGCAAGUGGGCGACCCUUUCUAUUGGACAAGACAUCGACGUUCGCCCAUUUGAAUUCGAUACUAAUGAACACACCUUGGCUAAGAUGAUCCUCGAGGUGGAUUUCCACGACAAGAAAAGAACAAAUUCCGAGACCUACGACAGCGAUGCUAUGGCGCGUGAGUUUUCGGCUCAGUUUCAUCACCAGAGUUUCUCCGUUGGACAGCUCCUGGUUUUUCCAUUCCAAGAGAAACCACUUCUUACUUUAAUUGUCAAGGAACUUGAGGGAGCGGAUCUUAACGCUAUAAAAUCUGGUGUCUCGUCAGCCAAGUCUCGUGAGCUCCGCAUUGGUCAAUGCUUUCCCAAUACGAUGAUUGUCUUUGAUAAAUCAGAAGGAUCCUCAGUCAAUUUAGUUGGAAAGUCUAAGGGUAAGACGGUCCAUCAUUCCAUCAUCAAUCCUGAUUGGGAUUUUCAAAACAUGGGAGUUGGUGGUUUGGACACGGAAUUCAACGCCAUUUUCCGUCGAGCGUUCGCCUCCCGUAUUUUCCCACCCGAGAUCGUGGAGCAGCUCGGUUGCAAACACGUCAAAGGCAUUCUUCUGUACGGCCCGCCCGGAACCGGAAAAACUCUGAUAGCGCGCCAAAUUGGAAAAAUGUUGAACGCCCGUGAGCCCAAGAUUGUAAACGGUCCACAAAUCUUGGAUAAAUACGUCGGUGAAUCUGAGGCUAAUGUUCGGCGACUUUUUGCCGAGGCCGAAGACGACCAAAAACGAUUGGGUCUCGAUAGCGGUCUCCACAUCAUUAUUUUGGACGAAAUCGAUGCGAUUUGCAAAUCUCGUGGCUCAGUGGCCGGAGCGUCAGGCGUUCAUGAUACCGUUGUCAACCAGCUUUUGGCAAAAAUCGAUGGCGUGGAACCACUGAACAACAUUCUCGUAAUUGGUAUGACAAACAGAAGGGAUAUGAUUGAUGAAGCCCUUUUACGACCUGGCCGCUUGGAAGUUCAAAUGGAAAUUGGAUUACCGAGCGAAACGGGUCGAGCCCAAAUUCUGAAAAUCCAUACUGCGCGCAUGCGAGAUAACAAGAAGAUAGCUUCAGAUGUUGACCUGCAGGAAUUGGCAGUUUUGACGAAGAACUUUAGUGGAGCAGAGAUUGAAGGGUUGGUUCGUGCCGCUCAGUCGACAGCGUUGAAUCGGUUGAACAAAGCUUCAAACAAAGUGGAAGUUGACCCUGAAGCCGGUGAAAAGCUUAUGGUCGAUCGUGGAGAUUUUCUUCACGCUCUUGAAACCGAUAUCAAACCUGCGUUUGGUACCAGCUCGGAAACGUUGGAAUUGUACAUCACUCGUGGAAUAAUCAACUGGGGAGAGCCAAUCAGGAGUUUGUUGGAGGACGGAGUCAUUCUGACACAACAGGCGCGAAGUGGUUUUGGCCUAGUUUCCGUCCUGUUGGAGGGUCCACCGAAUGCAGGCAAGACAGCACUCGCUGCUCAGUUGGCUAAAAAUUCUGAAUUUCCGUUCAUCAAAAUCUGCAGCCCCAACGACAUGGUUGGCUUCUCUGAAUCAGCCAAAGUUCUCCAAAUUCGCAAAUUUUUCGACGAUGCUUACCGCUCAGAAUUGAGUUGUAUUCUACUUGAUAACAUCGAGCGACUGCUCGACUAUGGUGCGAUUGGUCCCCGUUAUUCCAAUGCUGUUCUUCAAGCCCUGCUUGUUUUGCUUACAAAGCAACCCCCUAAAGGACGAAACUUACUCGUGAUUUGCACGACCAGUCGCAGACCAGUUUUGGAAGAAUUGGAAAUGCUUUCCACUUUCAGUAAAAUUUUUCGAGUUCCUAACAUUUCAACAUGUGAGCAAGUAAUUGCUGUUUUGGAAGAAACAGACGUUUUUUCCCAGAGUCAGAUCGCUGCUAUUGCGCAAAAAGUUGCAAAUGGAAGGUUUUUUGUCGGAAUCAAACAACUUCUCGGAAUGAUUGAAAUGGCCAAACAUUUCGAUGAGGAGCGCCGCGUUUUCAAAUUCCUGACUGAGUUGGAGGAUGAAGGUUUUUGGGAAUUAGGCGCAUAGAUUUAAAAAAAAUUCCUUUUCCCUUCUUUCUCGUCGUUUUGUGUCUUGAAAAAUUGAAUGUUCUCUGUUGGAUGGAGUUUCUUUGGUAGUGAAAAAGAAGCGAUUUCAAUGCUUUACUACCCAGUUUUCACGAUAUCUAUCUAUCUAUCAAAGAUAUAUGUUUUCCAGUAAAUUCCUGUUCAAUAUCAGCAUUAAAUUAUUUAUGUGUCAUGUCCAUGCCAGUUUUAUCAGUUUGGUAUUUGGUCUGCAACCAACUCCCAUUCCUCUCAUCCUCUUAAUCUGACACUUGGGCGACUUUGUAACGAUGUUUGUGCUUAAAUAUUGCUGUACGUAUUAUGAAAGAACUGUUUCAAUACAUUUCAUAAUUCAUUCACUU